CCGAGCAGAGAUGAGUGAUACCGAGUUGAUUUUCAAAUAAAUUACAAAUGGGGAACUAAACCUUACAAUCUAUGCGGUCGGUCUUCUACAAUCGUUGUUUUGUUUUAAACAAUGGUGAAAGGUGUAUAAGCAGAUGCUGAGAAACUAACCCUAAAUAAGACAAUUGGGAUAGCGUCGCAGGCGAUUGUUAUAAAUACAGCUGUCAUCAGUGUUUUGUCCAUGGUGCCUGAUUCCGCCUGAUUCUUGCAAACUCGGAAUUAACUGUGCAGUGUACUGGCAUAGAUUCGUAUAAUGGUGAGAAAAAAAACAGGUGGAUAAUGAGUGAGUCCGGUGACACGGAUCUCCUAAUUUCAAUUCCACCAGAUUUCUUCUUUGUACCGUCCGAGUCCGAUGACUCCGAUUUUUGUGGAAGAGAAGGUUACAGUUCUCAUAGUACCGGAGUCGUUUCAGAACUAAUCGAACAUGUACAGUCCUUGGAGUCCAGGAUCACGGCUAUCGAGUCUAAGGACAACAGUUUAGAUUUGUCCGUAGUUAGCAAUUCAUUGGAUUUGCACCCAAGACUUUCCUAUCACAGUCCGCAUAAGUGCAGAUCGUCAUUAACUGGAAACAGAUUCUCUGUAAGUCAAAGCUCCAGUUUGCAAAAUACUCCUCUGAAGCCUCGGCUGUGCUCUUCGGUUCCAUCAACUCCUAGCAGCUAUCAACCAUCUAGUUGUACUAAUCAAAUUCAAAACGAAGGACAGCUCACACGGCAUUUACUCACAGACGGUUCUACUAAUAUAAGCAAUACUAACCCUCGUACAUGGAGCAAGCAUGGCAACGUUCUAACAUCAUUGUCCGAAGCCUCGUUCGUGCAUUCUCCCGCUCGAAACCUAGGAUUCUUGCAUGCUGCCACUACCUUGUCCGAAAGGGAGCCUUGUUCGACGUUAGCAUCUGAUCGUGGAGAAAGUACCGUUAGCUUGUGCAUUGAACCUUGUGAACAGUUAUCUCACAUGACGUCUACAUCGAAAUUACUUCGCCCAUUGGUAGGACAAUUCUAUUCAGAAGCAAAACCAGUGAGUGAAAUGGAGCUUUCCGAAGUCAACCAGCUUCUUCAAGAAAUGGAAGCCAAGGAGAUGGAUCUAGCGGAAAGAAUUGACAAUGUUUUACAUGAAUGUUGCCAAGGCCAAACUCGAACUGAUAGGUCGGAACGGAAUGGUAACAUACACCAUUUUAAAGAAUUAGAAGCCAGUCAAAAGGUUGGAUCUCCAAAACGUCGAUUAAAUUUACAAUUCUACAAUGUGGAAUCAUCAGACAAGAGUACACCAGCAUUAAAUGAUCUAAAUCAAAGUGUAGAUAAAUUAGCAGAUCUAUCCUUUGCCCAUGAUUCAUUAAAUCUUCACGAGAUGGACAAACUUGCAUCGGAUCUUAAUGGCGGUCAAAACAGUACGUGUUCAGUUCUUCCACAGACUAAAGAGUACGUCGGUGAACUUUCACAAACUAAGUCUAGUGGUAAGAAAAAUGGUGACAGCAUCUCUAAAGAGUUGGAUAUGCAGACUAUUUUAACCAAUUGUAAAGAGUCUAUGGCCAAAGAAGCCCUAGGAUUCAGAGAUCAGGAGGGGACAACUUAUUGUCCACGAAAUGUGUACACCAAGGUACAGCAAGGGCUUGGUAGUGCAAAUAGUGAGUUUAGUAAAAGUCAAGUACCACCACAGCCUAAGCAUCGAGACGUUGCUACCGAAUAUUUUCCACAAACAUGUAGAAAUGUUGAUAGCACAAGUAAUGUACAAAGCACUUUUAAUGAGAUGCACCUGAUACACCCUUUCAGAAACACUAGUCACGUUGCCACCAAUACAGAGCCAUGCUUAAGAAAAUCGCAGCAUCUUCUUGCGCUUUCUGACUUUUGGGAAAAUAAUGAAAGUAAAACGCAAGAGGAAAUGCUGUCCAUUAAAUUGGAGGAAGAGAAAUUUCGAAGAGAGCAUUGCGAGAAUUUAAUUCAGGAGCUUCAAAAAAGAUUAUUAGAGCAGCAGGAAAAAGUAGCCGUUGCCAUCAGAGUUGACAACGAGAAAAAUGCUGCAAUAUGUCAGUUUCAAAGUUCCUGGUCGAAGUUAAAAUUGCGAUGGCAAGCAUUAGAAACUGAGCAUAAAAGCUUGCAAGACGUACUGAAGAAUAUUACGGAGAAACAUCAAACCGAAGUCUCCGAGUUUCAGGCUCAAAUUAAACGCAACGAAGGUGAAUUAUCGAAAGCAUUAGAUUUAGCAGCUGGAUAUAAAGAGAAAAGUGAUAAUAUGAUUAAAGAAAAGGUAGAAUUGCUGAAGAGCCAUGCCGAUGAAUUAGAAAAUUACAAAUCCAUGGUUCAGGAAGUAGAGAAUAGAUACGAGCGAAUGAAGACCGAAUAUACGAAAAUAUUGGACAAGAAUCAGCAACUGGACGAAACGGUAAAAAAUGUUCAACAGGAAUUACAUAGAGAACGAUUGAGGGGUGGAGAGGUGAGAAGUGAAAUGGCUGUUAUACAUAAAGCAUUGGAUGCUUGCGAAGCGGAAUUGACAGUGUUGCGCCAAGAAAAAGAAAAUUUGCAGUUAAAAGUGAAAGAGGAAUUGAAUAGAAACAAUAUUUUGGAGCAGAAUAAAGUUUCCUUUCUAGUGGCUGUUGACGAAGCCAGAAAGGCAGAGAGAAUGGCAAAGGAGGAAAGUAAAUCUCUCCUCGAACAGCAGGAGAAAAUUCGAACGGAAUUACGGGAAGUAUAUCAGACGCAAGUAGACGAAGUUGUAAAAGCGAAAUUGCAAGAAUUUCAGGCGCAGCUAGAUGCUGCCGAAGGAGCUUUCCAAGUUGAAUUAGAAACCAGGCAGCGGGCAAUCGCUGAAUGCGCUGCACGAAAAAUAAAAAGUGUUAUCGAUAAACAUAAUUUAGAGAUUAAUUUAUUAGAAGAGAAACAUAAAGAGGAGAAACGAUUAUGCGAAAUUCAGUUGGCUCAGUCCAUGCAACAGUCUUCCAUGUUAGAAGCUCAGCUGAACACUCAAAAAGCUACCAAAAGUAGAGUGGUGGAGCAACUUCAUUCGGUUAUGCAAAAACAGUGGCAACAAGCUUUACAGAUUAUUUCUGGUGGCAAUGUGGAAAACUUGAGUCCAGUUCUACGAUUAAACGCAGAGAAAUUCUUAGAAUCGAGAGAUAUUAAAAAAUUCGAUAGCAUUACCGGAUGUUGCGGUAAAGCCCAUCCGGAACCUAUGCGACUUGAAUCGCAGUCAGUAGGAAAUUUCCAACAAAUUCAAUCACGAGAAAGUUAUGACGAAGGUUUAAUAUCCAUGCCUUGCACCGAUGACACUCCUUUAACCAGUAGGAAGGAAUCCAAGGACGAUCUUCGGAGAUAUAUUAAAAUGAUUUUGGACAUGCAGCAAUCUAAAGAUGAAUUUAUGACAAGGAAAACCUCGGAAGACUGUUGUAGUCCGACUCCGAUUUAUCGAGAAGUGCCACGAAAGCAUUACAUAAAAAAGGAGUUGAGCAUGAUGAGCGAAGAUAGCAUAACAUGGCAGCCUACACCUGAUGAUUCGCUUAAGAAUACCGAUGAACUGCUCUCCGUGCCUCAAAGAUUGACGUCUAAGGUGGACCAGCAGAAAAGCAAACCUCCAUGGAAAUAACAUUUGUGACUGAUUUUAUACUUCCUUGUGAAGUAUAUUCUAGAACUGAUACUGUCGUACGGUGCAUUUAACUAGCAGUUAAGUGAUUUUUUACAACGCAUAUUUUUUCACACUUUUUACUAAGGAGUACUCAAUUUUUAAUAAAAUAUCUGUCGCUCUAGGUGUUUACAAGAAUCUCGAGUGUCGUUAUUAAUAAUCCUAGUUAAGUCUUAAUACUUGUUACCGUCCUUAAUUGUUUAACAACUGAUAAUAUCUGUGACAGUCUUAUGAAUGCCUGUACGCUGAAUUUAUAUUGUUACGUAUACAAUGUCUUACGCAUAAAAACUGUUUGUCGUAA